AAUGACGUCACGGUCACUGCCGCUUUGUAUGAUCUCAUAUUUCAAACACUUCACUCUCGAGCGGGCGGCAAGGGUGACUGACGCCUUUAGACGAGUGGACGCUGGCCAAAAUGAGACUUUUUUCAUGGACAUUUUCUCUUUGAGUUACGAAGUCGGAACCAACUCGUUGCUGGACCUUCCGCUUGAAAUGGCACCAUGUUCGAACCCCCCGAGACGCUCCUCAAAUAUGAGACCCCAGUUUUAAUCAGCAAAACCACAGACAAGAAAUCUUCAAAGGGGGGCCGACCUUUUAAAGUGAGCUCUCAGCCGCAUGCUGACUCCCCCGUGCCGCCACCUCCUAAAGCCAAGUCAUCCGCAGCGGAAGCCACCAGGCAACAAAAUGAGGACAUACUCAACCUCAUCUUCCCACCCAGGGAAUGGAUGGAGGGGAACCAACUGUGGGUGCAGCAGGUGUCCAGUGCACCGUGCACCCGAGCGGACGUGGUUAACCUUGAGGAACUAUUGGACAGGAAGCUGCAGCAACGGCGUGCCAUAGAGACCGGAAUCUGCCCUGUGCGAAGAGAGCUUUAUACACAGUGCUUUGAUGAACUGAUCAGACAGGUGACCAUCAAUUGUGCGGAGAGGGGUCACUUGCUGUUGCGGGUCAGAGACGAGAUCCAGAUGACUAUCGCCGCGUACCAGACCUUCUAUGAGAGCAGUGUUGUUUUUGGCAUGAGGAAAGCUUUGCAGGCUGAACAGGACAAAGUGGACAUGGAGAAAAGGAUAGCUGAGUUGGAGAAGAAUAAAACGGAGCUGGAGAAAGAAUUGCGGGAUGAAAAGGCCAAAUGUGACGCCAUUGAAAAGACAGAAGAAGAAAAACAUGAAGUGCAAGAAAAGAAAUAUACGGAGCAGAUUCAGUUCUUGAAGAGAACCAACCAGCAGCUGAAGGCCCAGUUGGAGGGGAUCGUGACGCCUAAAUAACUUCCCUCUUAUGGAGUGUCAAAUGUAUUUUUUCAUGAAUGACUCUAGUUGAGUAUUAACUUAUUUGAAAUUAAAUGUUUUUCAUAAAA